CUCCCAGACUGCUGAGCCUGUCCUGCCAUGGGCCUGUCCAGCGCCUUCCUCCUCAGCAUCCUGUUCCUCUCAGGGGCACUGGGUCUCACCACUUCCCCAGACAGAGGACGGCUCCACUGUCACACCUGCAGCUUUGCCACUCCCUGCUACCCUGUACCCAAGGAGUGUCAGGAAGACGAGGUGUGUGGGAUCACUGUUGGCACCUCAGAUCGAAACGAGGAGGCCAUCGAGCGGAAAGGCUGCCUCCCAAGGGCCCAGUGCCCUCUGCUGGGCCACACCACCUAUUGGUCACAGUCCUACACCCUGCGGCACCAUUGCUGUGAGCAGGACCUGUGCAACAGAGCUGCCUCGCAGCAGCUCCCGAGCCUCCCCCUCGCCGCCCUGCUGCUCCUUGCGGCCAUCUUUGCGUGGGGGGUACAUAUCUUCCCCUAG